UCCGCCUUAAAGUGCGAGUGGUGAGACCGAAAGGCUUGUGGUCUGAAAUGGAAGCCUUCCAACACCGUGUAAGCUCCGUCUUCCACAGCGUCCAGCAAGUCUUCGUGCCGGCUUCACUUUCAGAGCUGCUAAUCUCUCUCCUAGGGGACAUUUUUUAAAGGUGAACCCCCUGAUGUUCGGGGAAGAGUUCCCUCCGCUCUCCAACUCAUUUCCAGCAACUUGGAACUCUCGUUUUUUAUCUUUUGUAGUUAUAGAAGGUUAGACAGUCCUUGAUCCAGACCAAAGUUUUCCAGACCAGCACGUUUUUCUUUUUUGUUUUGGAAUGCGGAUGGUUACAGGAAGGCGGCCGCCGUUUGAUAAAGCGCAGCAGGCCCUCACGCGAUCGUAGACGAAGGCGCGACCUCGGGGACCAGUCGGCCUCUGAGAGGACUCCGCGCCAAAGCACCGGGUGGUUUCCUAGAAACAUGAUUGAUUGUUGGACUUGAUCUCACAGCACAGUGAGGACUUCUUUACUGAUAAUGUCAAGUUCAGGAUAUCCUCCCAACCAAGGAGCAUUCAGUACAGAACAAAGCCGUUAUCCUCCCCAUUCUGUUCAGUACACCUUUCCUAGUACCCGCCACCAGCAGGAAUUUGCAGUCCCUGACUAUCGUUCUUCUCAUCUUGAAGUUAGUCAGGCGUCACAGCUUUUGCAACAACAGCAGCAGCAGCAGCAGCAGCAGCUUCGAAGGCGACCUUCCUUGCUUUCAGAAUUUCACCCAGGUUCUGACAGGCCUCAGGAAAGGAGAACUGGAUAUGAACAGUUUCACACAGGCCCAUCCCCGGUGGAUCACGAGUCAUUGGAAUCCAAGCGACCACGUCUGGAUCAGGUUUCUGAUUCCCAUUUUCAGCGUGUCAGUGCUGCCGUUUUACCUUUAGUACACACACUGCCAGAAGGGUUGAGGUCUUCUGCAGAUACUAAGAAGGAUCCAGCAUUUGGAGGAAAACAUGAUGCUCCCUCUUCUCCAAUUGCUGGGCAACCAUGUGCAGAUGAUCAAAAUGCUUCACCUUCAAAGCUUUCAAAGGAAGAGUUAAUACAGAGUAUGGAUCGUGUUGAUCGAGAAAUUGCAAAAGUAGAACAGCAGAUCCUUAAACUGAAAAAGAAACAACAACAGCUUGAAGAAGAAGCAGCUAAACCUCCUGAGCCUGAGAAGCCUGUGUCUCCUCCUCCAGUGGAGCAGAAACACCGCAGUAUUGUCCAAAUUAUUUAUGAUGAGAAUCGGAAAAAAGCAGAAGAAGCUCAUAAAAUUUUUGAAGGUCUUGGCCCAAAAGUUGAAUUGCCACUCUAUAACCAGCCAUCAGACACCAAGGUUUACCAUGAGAACAUCAAGACUGGAGUACCUGCAAGGCGCAUGAUGAAAAACCAGGUGAUGAGGAAAAAACUCAUUUUAUUUUUUAAAAGAAGAAAUCAUGCAAGAAAACAAAGGGAACAAAAAAUCUGCCAACGUUAUGAUCAGCUCAUGGAGGCUUGGGAAAAAAAAGUGGACAGAAUUGAGAAUAAUCCACGGAGGAAAGCUAAAGAAAGCAAAACAAGAGAGUACUAUGAAAAGCAGUUUCCAGAAAUUCGUAAACAAAGAGAACAGCAAGAAAGAUUUCAGAGAGUUGGCCAAAGGGGAGCUGGUCUUUCAGCCACCAUUGCUAGGAGUGAGCAUGAGAUUUCUGAAAUUAUUGACGGUCUCUCUGAGCAGGAGAAUAAUGAGAAGCAAAUGCGACAGCUGUCUGUGAUCCCACCUAUGAUGUUUGAUGCUGAACAAAGACGUGUCAAGUUCAUUAACAUGAAUGGUCUUAUGGAGGACCCUAUGAAGGUUUACAAAGAUAGGCAGUUUAUGAAUGUUUGGACUGAUCACGAAAAGGAAAUCUUUAAGGACAAGUUUAUUCAGCAUCCAAAAAACUUUGGACUAAUUGCAUCCUACUUGGAAAGGAAGAGUGUUCCUGAUUGUGUUUUAUAUUAUUAUUUAACCAAGAAAAAUGAGAAUUAUAAAGCCCUAGUAAGAAGGAAUUAUGGAAAACGCAGAGGCAGAAAUCAGCAGCAAAUUGCCCGUCCCUCACAAGAAGAAAAAGUAGAAGAGAAAGAAGAAGAUAAAGCAGAAAAAACAGAAAAAAAAGAAGAGGAAAAGAAAGAUGAAGAAGAAAAAGAUGAGAAGGAGGACUCUAAAGAAAAUACCAAGGAAAAGGACAAGACUGAAGGUACAACAGAAGAAACUGAGGAGAGAGAGCAGGCUACGCCCCGGGGACGCAAGACUGCUAAUAGCCAAGGUCGCAGAAAGGGACGAAUAACCAGGUCCAUGACAAAUGAAGCUGCAGCUGCUAUUGCUGCAGCUGCAGCAGCCACAGAAGAGCCCCCACCACCUCUCCCACCACCUGCAGAACCUGUUUCCACAGAGCCCGUAGAAACCUCUCGAUGGACAGAAGAAGAAAUGGAAGUUGCUAAGAAAGGCUUAGUAGAACAUGGUCGUAACUGGGCAGCAAUUGCCAAAAUGGUGGGAACUAAAAGUGAAGCUCAGUGUAAAAAUUUCUAUUUUAACUAUAAAAGGCGACACAAUCUUGACAACCUCUUGCAGCAACAUAAACAGAAAGUGAGUAUAUUAGAGGUGACAUCAAGGAAACCUCGUGAAGAAAGAGAUGUGUCUCAGUGUGAAAGUGUUGCUUCCACUGUUUCUGCUCAGGAAGAUGAAGACAUUGAAGCCUCCAAUGAAGAAGAAAAUCAAGAAGAUAGUGAAGGUGCUGAAAAUAGUUCUGAUACAGAAAGUGCUCCUUCUCCUUCACCAGUUGAAACUGUCAAGCCCAGUGAAGACAGCAAUGAAAAUGCUGCUUCCCGAGGAAACACCGAACCUGUGGCUGAGCUCGAGUCUACCACUGACCCGGCACCCGGUGCAUCUCCCUCCUCAGCAGUUCCAAGUACAAAGGCAGUUGAGAGUGAAAGUGUGGAGACCCAGGUGACUGACAGCACCAGUGUUGAGACAGCGGAGACGAUGGAUGUGGACCACCAGGAGUGUGAUGCUGAAGCAGGUUCUGUUCCUCAUCCCCCAACCACUACCAAAGCAGAAUCUGUGGAUGCUGAAAUGAGGCUGCCAGACAGCAGUCCAUCUAAAAGUGAAGAAGAUACCAAAGAAAGAGACUUGGAAAGAGCCAGUGAGAAGACAGAGCCUAGAGAUGAAGAUCUGGUGGUGGCUCAGCAGAUAAAUGCCCAAAGGCCCGAGCCCCAGUCAGACAAUGAUUCCAGUGCUACAUGCAGUGCUGAUGAAGAUGUGGAUGGAGACCCUGAGAGGCAGAGAAUAUUUCCUAUGGAUGCAAAGCCUUCAUUGUUAAAUCCCACUGGAUCUAUACUAGUCUCAUCCCCAAUAAAACCAAAUCCAUUGGACCUGCCACAGCUUCAGCAUCGAGCUGCUAUUAUCCCACCCAUGGUUUCCUGCACCCCAUGUAAUGUGCCAAUUGGAACCCCUGUAAGUGGCUAUGCUCUCUAUCAGCGACACAUUAAGGCAAUGCAUGAGUCAGCACUCUUGGAGGAACAGCGACAGAGGCAAGAACAGAUAGAUUUGGAAUGUAGAAGUUCUACAAGCCCGUGUGGCACUUCCAAGAGUCCAAACAGAGAAUGGGAAGGAAAAUCAGUCGCCUAUAUGCCUUAUGCUGAGGUCACACGUGUUCUAGAACAGGAAGCACAGAUGCACAGUACCGCAGCAAGGUCAGCCUCACCGUGUAGGCUCUCUCCAAGAGAAGUCAGUAAAGCCGCUCCACAGCCUGAUAGGAGUACAGCCCGCUAUAGUGUCCCGCCAGUCCUCCAACCUGCUCCACAUCAAGUGAUAACUAAUCUCCCUGAAGGGAUUCGACUUCCAACAACUCGACCAACCAGACCACCACCUCCUCUCAUCCCAUCAUCUAAAACCACAGUGGCUUCAGAGAAACCAUCCUUUAUAAUGGGAGGCUCCAUCUCGCAGGGAACACCAGGCACUUAUCUGACUUCUCAUAAUCAGACUUCCUAUCAAGAGACAGCUAAGCCCUCAGUGGGCUCUAUCUCUCUUGGACUGCCACGACAGCAGGAAUCUGCCAAAUCAGCUGCUUUGCCCUAUAUUAAACAGGAAGAAUUUUCUCCUCGAAGCCAGAACUCGCAACCUGAGGGUUUAUUGGUCAGGGCCCAACAUGAAGGUGUGGUCAGAGGUACCACAGGAGCCAUCCAAGAAGGAAGUAUAACUCGGGGAACUCCAACCAGCAAACUUUCAGUGGAGAAUAUCCAGUCCCUACGGGGCUCUAUCACUCAGGGGACCCCAGUUGGAUCCCAGACUGGUAUACCAACUGAGGCUUUGGUGAAGGGAUCAAUUUCCAGGAUGCCCAUGGAAGAAAACAGUCCUGAGAAAGGCAGAGAAGAAGCUACAUCCAAAGGCCAUGUUAUUUAUGAAGGCAAGAGUGGACAUAUCUUAUCAUAUGAUAAUAUUAAGAAUGCCCGAGAAGGUACUAGGAGUCCAAGAACAGCUCACGAUAUCAGUUUAAAAAGAAGCUAUGAGUCAGUGGAAGGAAAUAUAAAACAAGGGAUAUCAUUGAGGGAGUCUCCUGUAUCAGCACAAUUAGAGGGGCUGAUAUGUCGAGCAUUACCCAGAGGGAGCCCUCACUCUGACCUCAAAGAAAGAACAGUACUGUCUGGCUCCAUAAUGCAAGGUACACCUAGAGCAACUCCGGAAAGCUAUGAAGAUGGCCUUAAAUAUCCCAAACAGAUUAAAAGAGAAAGUCCUCCUAUUCGAGCAUUCGAAGGUGCCAUUACCAAAGGAAAACCAUAUGAUGGCAUCACUACCAUCAAAGAAAUGGGGCGUUCUAUUCAUGAAAUUCCACGGCAAGAUGUUUUAUCUCAGGAAAGCCGAAAAACUCCAGAAGUAGUCCAGAGCACAAGGCCAAUAAUUGAAGGUUCCAUUUCCCAGGGCACACCAGUAAAGUUUGACAGCAACUCAGGUCAAUCUGCCAUCAAACACAAUGUCAAAUCUUUGAUCACGGGGCCUAGCAAACUACCCCGUGGAAUGCCUCCACUGGAAAUUGUACCAGAGAACAUAAAAGUAGUAGAACGAGGAAAAUAUGAGGAUACUAAAGCAAGUGAACCAGUACGAUCCCGACACAUGUCGGUGGUGAGCUCUGGCCCCUCUGUUCUCAGGUCUACACUUCAUGAAGCUCCCAAAGCACAGCUGAGCCCAGGGAUUUAUGAUGACUCCAGUGCUCGCAGGACUCCUGUGAGUUAUCAAAGUACCAUGUCCAGAGGCUCACCCAUGAUGAACAGAGCCUCCGAGGUUACAAUUUCUUCUAGCAAGUCUACCAAUCAUGAAAGGAAGUCAACACUUACCCCAACCCAAAGGGACAGCAUACCAGCCAAGUCUCCAGUGCCUGGAGUGGAUCCUGUUGUGAGCCACAGCCCAUUUGAUCCCCAUCAUAGAGGAAGUGCUGCAGGGGAGGUUUAUCGGAGUCACCUUCCAACGCACUUGGAUCCAGCCAUGCCCUUUCAUAGAGCUCUUGAUCCUGCUGCUGCUGCUUACCUAUUUCAGAGACAGCUUUCACCAACUCCAGGUUACCCAAGUCAGUACCAGCUUUAUGCUAUGGAGAACACAAGACAGACAAUCCUAAAUGAUUACAUUACCUCACAACAGAUGCAAGUGAACUUGCGCCCUGAUGUAGCCAGAGGACUUUCCCCACGAGAACAGCCCCUGGGUCUCCCAUACCCACCAACAAGAGGAAUCAUUGACCUGACCAAUAUGCCUCCAACAAUUUUAGUGCCUCAUCCAGGGGGAACAAGCACUCCUCCCAUGGACAGAAUUACUUAUAUUCCUGGUACACAGAUUACUUUCCCACCCCGGCCAUACAACUCUGCUUCAAUGUCUCCAGGACACCCAACACACCUUGCAGCAGCUGCAAGUGUUGAGAGGGAGCGAGAGCGAGAAAGAGAAAGGGAAAGGGAGAAGGAACGAGAAAGGGAGCGGGAACGGAUUGCAACUUCUUCUGACCUUUACCUGCGGCCAAGCACAGAACAGCCAGGCCGGCCUGGCAGUCAUGGAUAUGUCCGCUCCCCCUCCCCUUCAGUAAGAACUCAGGAGACUGUGUUACAGCAAAGACCCAGCGUUUUCCAGGGAACCAAUGGAACCAGUGUAAUCACUCCUUUGGAUCCAACUGCUCAGCUACGGAUCAUGCCACUGCCUGCUGGAGGCCCUUCAAUAAGUCAAGGCCUGCCAGCUUCCCGUUACAACACUGCUGCGGAUGCCCUGGCUGCUCUUGUGGAUGCUGCAGCUUCUGCACCCCAGAUGGAUGUUUCCAAAACAAAAGAGAGUAAGCAUGAAGCUGCCAGGUUAGAAGAAAAUUUGAGAAGCAGGUCAGCAGCAGUUAGUGAACAGCAGCAGCUAGAGCAGAAAACCCUGGAGGUGGAGAAGAGAUCUGUUCAGUGUCUGUACACUGCUUCAGCCUUUCCAAGUGGCAAGCCCCAGCCUCACGCCUCAGUAGUGUACUCUGAGGCUGGGAAAGAUAAAGGGCCUCCUCCAAAAUCCAGAUAUGAGGAAGAGCUAAGGACCCGAGGGAAGACUACCAUUACUGCAGCUAACUUCAUAGACGUGAUCAUCACCCGGCAAAUUGCCUCGGACAAGGAUGCAAGGGAACGUGGCUCUCAAAGUUCAGACUCUUCUAGUAGCUUAUCUUCUCAUAGGUAUGAAGCACCUAGUGAUGCUAUUGAGGUGAUAAGUCCUGCCAGCUCCCCUGCACCACCCCAGGAAAAACUGCAGGCCUAUCAGCCAGAGAUUGUUAAGGCAAACCAACCAGAAAGUGACCCCACAAGACAGUAUGAAGGACCACUUCAUCAUUAUCGGCCUCAGCAGGAGUCGCCGUCUCCACAGCAGCCACCGCCCCCGUCCUCCCAGGCAGAAGGGAUCGGGCAAGUGCCCAGGACCCAUCGACUGAUCACGCUUGCCGAUCACAUCUGUCAAAUUAUCACACAAGACUUUGCUAGAAAUCAAGUUUCCUCACAGUCUACACAGCAGCCUACCACUUCUACAUUCCAAAAUUCACCAACUGCUCUGGCAUCAACACCUGUGAGGACUAAGUCAAGUCGAUACAGCCCAGAGUCCCAGUCUCAGUCUCAGUCUGUUCUCCAUCCAAGACCAGGUUCCAGAGUCUCUCCAGAAAACCUUGUGGACAAAGCCCGGGGAAGCAGGCCUGGAAAAUCUCCAGAGAGGAGUCACAUCUCAUCAGAACCCUAUGAGCCCAUUUCUCCACCCCAGGUUCCAGUAGUUCAUGAGAAGCAAGACAGCAUGCUGCUCCUGUCACAGAGGGGAGUGGAGCCAGCAGAGCAGAGGAAUGAUUCUCGCUCACCAGGGAGUAUAAGCUACUUGCCUUCAUUCUUCACCAAGCUUGAAAGCACAUCACCCAUGGUUAAAUCAAAGAAGCAGGAAAUUUUUCGUAAGUUGAACUCCUCUGGUGGAGGUGACCCUGAUAUGGCAGCUGCUCAGCCAGGAACUGAGAUCUUCAAUUUGCCAGCAGUUACUACUUCAGGCUCAGUAAGCUCUAGAAGCCAUUCUUUUGCUGAUCCUGCCAGUAACCUUGGUCUAGAAGACAUUAUCAGGAAGGCCCUCAUGGGAAACUUUGAUGACAAAGUUGAGGAUCAUGGAGUUGUCAUGUCCCAACCUGUAGGAAUAGUGUCUGGUAGUGUCAGCACCUCAGUUGUGACCAGCAGUGAGACACGGAGAGAUGACGGGGACCCAUCACCUCAUUCAGGAGUUUGCAAACCAAAGUUGAUCAAUAAGUCAAACAGCAGAAAAUCUAAAUCUCCUAUCCCUGGUCAAGCCUACUUAGGAACGGAGCGACCCUCUUCAGUCUCCUCUGUACAUUCAGAAGGGGAUUACCACAGGCAGACACCAGGAUGGGCCUGGGAAGACCGACCAUCUUCAACUGGCUCAACUCAGUUUCCAUAUAACCCUCUGACCAUGCGGAUGCUCAGCAGCACACCACCAACACCCAUCGCAUGUAACCCAUCGGCUGUAAGUCAAGCAGCUCCCCACCAACAGAACCGGAUCUGGGAGCGGGAGCCUGCACCACUCCUCUCUGCACAGUACGAGACUCUGUCAGACAGUGAUGAUUGAACUUACACAGUGAAGGGACUAGACAGGGUGGGUAGAGAAGGCAUGAGGGCAGUUCUAGUGGUUGGUCGGUUUUUAAAAUUGCGGGUCAAAAAUGUGCCCUCUUGUGAUUUGUGCCCAGAGACUUCUCAGAAGAGCCAAGGCAUCGAUUGAUGAAGAAAUGACUGAAAUUCACUUGGAAAGUCAAAUUGGGGGGGGGGGGGGGGGUUGGAGAUCCUGCCUCUGAUACAGGCAAUUCAGUGGAUGAUAAUAGUGGAGGGUUGAAAUGUAGAGUUUUUAAAAAGUGGACAAUUCAUGUUCUUACAUCUGUUUGUAAAGAAAAGCAUAAUGUCUUUAAAUUACUCUUCUGUAAAUAGAUGACCUUUUUGCAGUGUAUCCCCUUGCUGUAGUAUCUGGUGUACUUACAUGCAAAUCAGCGUAUCAAUGUUGGGGGUAAUUUUAAAAAAAUCUUUUCAUCUAUCUUUUUUAACCAUAGCCUUCUAAACAACCUCAUACAGCCUAAUUACAUAAUGUUGGCUGUCACGGGCAUUGUACUUUUUAUCUGAUUUUAUUUCCUCUAAAUUUAGCUUCCCAGUGAUAUUUAAAAUCUUGUGGGAAAUGUUUAGAUUUUUAACAGACUGUCAUAUAAAAUCUAGACAUUAAGGUCAAAAGGUAAUAGCAAGAAAAUUCUGCCAUUUUGUAAAUUUCCAGUGCAGGUUUGGUUUUUUUUUAAGUAACACUGAAAAAAUAUUGCUGCAUGGGUAUAUUAUAGUUUAGUUUUUAAAGUUUUAAAGGCUUUUUUGAGGCAUACCUCACUGUUAUGCACACUGGUGAUUUAACCAUGCCCCUUAAGUAUUCCUUUUCUUCUGCAUCUGAUGCAGCCCAAUAGAGCUUUUGUUUUGAAAUAAAUUUGACUACCCUGUCCAUAGAGCUACAGUAGAUUAUUUGUGAUUUAAGGCUCUUUGUGUCUCAGGUUUCAAAAGAUUAGUUUGGCCUACAUAGUUCUUAAGAGUGUAAAAAAUGAUUUGUGUAGUACCUCAGGCUUUUAGACUAAACUUUAUACUGCACCCUGACAAGCCUUAGGGUGAACAUGCAGUUCUUUACCAUAUCUAUGCCAGCGCUUACUCUGCUUCCUUAGGACAAGAGAUGUAAUGUUAUUUUACAUCAAGGUGCAAAUAAUUUAAAAAUAUUGAACUGUAAAUUAAUUAUGGUACUGAAGAGUCAAGAGUUUUAUCCUCCACUAUUAAGAAUUGCUUGCAGAUUUUUUUUUUUGCAUUUUUUUCAUUUUUCAUAUAACUUAAUCAUAGCAUUUAAGCACCCUCCCACAGCAUACAGAAGAAUGCCGCUGGUAACUGGAAAGAGGAAGAGAUAGAGCUCUCUCAGGACAGUUAGCAUUAGCACUUUACAGCAUUUUAUGAACACCUACGCUUUUAAAUGAAAAUACAAAAGCAGCACUAUGACUGAAACCACUGACUAAAACACCCUCUCUUCUCCUUAUUGCCUAUAUCCCUGUUGUCUAAUCUCUAUUAUGGAGACACAGGCUCAGUACUUUGCACAUAUUCAACAAGUGACAAAAACAGGCCAUAGCCCAGGUUUGUCUGGACUCAAAGCCUUUUCACUUGUCACUUCCAUUCUUGAACUCCUAAGGUCCUCAAGAUCAAGGAAGUGGUCAGAGCUCCUAUUACUUGGAAGGUUGAUACCUUUAUAAUAGUAUUCAUAAAAGGAAUGAAAAUCAUUACAUGUUCUAAUAGUUUUCUGCUAAAAGUUUUUCAGGUACUGGCAAUAUUCUACAACUCAUUAAUAAUUUAUACUGCCAUUUGAUCCUGAGGGUCUUGAGGUAUUCAGAGUUGGGUUAGUGUCUAAAAUAAGUCUUGAUUUAUUAUUCUUGCAGUUCCACUUCUAGACCCCAGGGUGUGCUGCUGCUACUAACCACUCACACUACCCUAAUAACAAUGGUUUGUUAUCACCUGGAGAAGAGAUUGCAAAAUGGAGAUGAACUCCAAUAGCAUUUCUUAGUUGAACACAAUGAAAGGAGAAAUUCUCAUAUUGCUUACCUAAUGAAGCAAACCUGAGAUGGGUGGAGGUGCACCUUUUACCAUGGCCAGCACAGCACUGAGUGGAUGGUGACUUACUGACCUUACCUGCAAACCCAAGGCAUAAUUCUUUGCAGGCUAAGAUUCAGCCUUCUGACUACAUCCUUAAUGCAUGAUUUUUUUUUCACAACCAGAACUAAACUAAUGUCUUCCAAUAUUGUUCAUAGAAAUAUUCUGAUAGUCAAUUUUCCAGUGCAUGUUUGUAAUUGGACAUUUCCUAUUGCUUUAAUUUGGUAUGUUGAGUGCUUCUAAUUUGAAUACACUUAUGCUCUGAAAACUCCAGUGACAGUACAGUUAAAAAUUAGACUAUUUUAAACAAUUCAAACCAAUCAGUAAAGGAAAUGAGUAUUUGUUUCACUACCUUGCUUUUUACAACAGUGCAAAUGAACAUUAGUAAGAACACCCACAUGAAGGGAUUGUCAUUCUGAAAACUCCUACUGAGUUUUUCCAGCACCGGGACCAUGAAAAGAAUCAUUGUGAAGAAUUAAAAAUUCUUAAAUAAAACUUAUAGUGAAAAACCUAA